GAGUAGCCAGAUACAAACUGAGAGUCUGGUAAGGCCCCAUGACACCCAGACAUCUGAGCCACUCACAUGAAUCUUCCCUGUGUUCGUGGCUUUCUAUAUUCUACCUUUUUCUAUUGAUCAGUUUCUACACCCUCUAGACAGCUUGUCUUCCGUCAGUAGACUGAAACACUUAUCAGGCGCAGACACGCUCGUAAUCGACUCUAUCAUGCGCUCAUUGAACGCACAGCAACACAUAUGGCUUGCUUUAUUCCUCUUCCUGGCUAUUGUCAGCGUUCAGUUCUGGAGCUACGCCCCAAAGGACCGGUCAAGUCAUUCCGAACUGACAGCUCGACAACGUUUGCCCGUUACCGGCAACGACACCACAGCGUCACGCUCGACCGCGAGUUCCAACAACUUGGAAGCAUUUGGACAGCCUCCCGCCGGCUUUGCACGAGUCCUCGUUGAUGACCCCUAUACAUGUGGUCCUGGUCGGCCGUGCUCCAACGGAGCGUGUUGCGGUCCAUCGGGAAACUGCGGUUACGCCCCUGCUUAUUGCGGCACAGGAUGUCUUUCGAAUUGUGAUGCGAAAGCCCCAUGCGGGCAGUACGCAAAGAUAUCCGGAACCACUUGCCCUCUGAAUGCUUGCUGCAGCGAGCAUGGGUUCUGUGGGACGACAGAGGAGUUUUGUCGGCCUGGGUGUCAGUCAAAUUGUGUUCUGGAACCGCAACCACCGGGCGGUUCUCCCAAGAAUGCAUCCAUGGAUAUCUUAAUCGGAUACUAUGAGUCUUGGAGUUACCGAUCGAAAUGCAACCAGAAAUCCCCCAGCGAUCUCCCUCUGACGGAGCUCACACACCUCUUCUACGCCUUUGCUUUCAUCGAACCGCGGAGCUAUGCACUUACCACCAUGGACGACGAAACUAGCGAAGAUCUGUGGCAGUUGACAGUCGACGCAAAGAAAUUCAAUCCAAGCCUCAAGGUAUAUGUGGCAGUCGGAGGCUGGACAUUCUCAGACAAUGACACGGUCACCCAACCACUCUUUGGUGAAAUCGCUAGCACGGAAUCGAACAGCCAAAAGUUUGCCGACGGCGUCGUCAAGUUUCUCAACAAAUACGGAUUCGACGGCUUAGACAUCGACUGGGAAUAUCCGGGAGCCCCUGACAGAGGUGGCAAGCCCGAAGACACCCCAAACUUUGUGCUGCUGCUGAAGACCCUGCGGUCAACCUUUGAUGCCUCCCCGCGCCGGCUGGGCAUCACCUUCACCAUCCCUUCCUCGUUCUGGUACCUCCGAUGGUUCGACCUCCCCGGCCUACUCCAGUACGCCGACUGGGCCAACAUGAUGAGCUACGACCUUCACGGCACCUGGGACCGGAACAACCCCAUCGGCGCCAUCGCCCAGGCCCACACCAAUCUCACCGAGAUCAACCUCGCCGCCCAGCUUCUCUGGCGUGUAGGCGUCCGGCCCGACCAGGUAGUCCUCGGCUAUGGCUUCUACGGGCGAUCCUUCCAGCUCGAAAACCCCAGGUGCUCAACCCCGGGCUGCCCAUUCAGCGGCGGCGCGAAGCAAGGCCCGUGCUCCAAGGAGGCCGGGAUCCUCAUGUACUACGAGAUCCAGGCCAUCCUCAAGCAGGUUCCCAACAUCAAGCCCGUGUUCGACCGCAAGGCGGCCGUCAAGUAUUUUACUUUUGACAGGGACCAGUGGAUCUCGUAUGAUGACGCCGAGACCUUUAAGCUGAAGAAGGAAUGGGCCAACCGGAUUGGUUUCGGUGGCAGCAUGAUCUGGGCUGUUGAUACGGACGACGACAAGUUUUCUGCCAUGAGUGGGCUGGUAGGGUAUCAGGUCUCUCACGUGGACACCUCCUUAAACGGCGUUGUGGCGCUGGCGCAGACCUCCAAAAACGUUGCCCACAGCCUGCAAGGCGAGAACGGGCAGGGGUGCAGGGUCAUCAAGGAAUAUGACUGCAAGCCGGCCCGAGACCUGAGGUGUUUGAAGGGUGAGAGUUUGGUUGGUUGGGAUAGAGAUGGCUGUGGUAAGGAAGAUGAAGGCAAGCCGAUUUGCUGCCCCGAGGACACGGCACCUCAGAAGUGUGUGUGGCGUGGCAGCGGGAAUGAUGGAGGGAUAUGGGGUGACUGUAACGGUCAGUGUCAUGCCGGCGAGGCGAGGGUGUUGAAUUCGAGAUGGGGCGGCGGGCCCGAAAAGGAUCGAGAGUCCGACCCCUACGUCUGCGCCAGGGGCAACAAGGUGUUUUGCUGUGAGGCCGGUGAUUGGAAAACAGUGAUCGAUGGGUGCUACUGGACCGCGUGCUUCGGUGGGGGUGACUGCGGUACUGGCUUUAAAGAACUGGCUACCAAAAAGGGGGCUUGUCCUAUGAGUGGUGAACCCAAAUACUGCUGCCCAAAUGACACACCUUUGCAUUCGUGUACGUGGAGGGGUAGUGCCCCGGAGUGUGUAGAUAGCAACUGCAAAAUGCAAGAGGAUGGUAAGGACUUGGCGGAGGUACAGGUGGAUUCCCAUGCGGGCGGCAGCUCGUGGAACCUUUGUAGCUGGGGUAGAAAAAAGUCCAUGUGCUGUCAAGUCAGCAAGCGACUACCACCACCGUUGGUUUGUGAUAAGACAACCUGCGACCUGGACCCUGCUGCCUGCAUUGACAAUGAUGGGGAGUUUGACCUCAUCACACAAAGGCGAGGCAUUGUGGUUCUUGAAAAGCGAACCGCACCGAGAAAGUUCAGUUGGUGGACGACCAGCGGAGCAGAGAUCACCCAGUGGUCCCUUGCCUACGUCACUGGAAGGGCACUAUGGAGGCUUGCUCAGCAGGGAUUCUUGGAUCGCUAUUACGAUGUACACUCACAAAACUGCGAUAAUGCAAGGGUCGAAUCUCGACCCAUUGAGGAGGGUGGUGACCUGACGUUGCCCCCUAACCUCCAAGUGGAACACCCACUGCCGCUUGUUGCAGUAGCCCGUUUUGCAGCAGUUGCCAACCACGGUCAACACUGGAAUGCAAGACGCGCCGGAUAUAUAGGCAGAAACGGUCGACCUAUUGGGCAACUCACUCCCGAAGGACCGCAAACCAGGACGUCUGGCAUAAGAGCCGAGUUCUGGCAGAACGUCUGGAAUAACGCGAACGGGCUUCCGGCCGGCUUGCCUCCCGUUACACCCAACUCUUCGGAUAUAAGGCGGCCUGUUGAGCGCCUCUACGAGGCAAUAGGAUCCAACCGCAACCCGGCGCCAUUCACCUUCCUCCACGCAGCCGUCAAUGCACAAAAGGGGCGAAUCGAGGGAUAUGUCCGUCCGAUGUCUGAGAAAAUACUUAAAGAGUAUUUGGCCAACGCUCAAGACGGCGACGAGACGGCGGUUAAUCGCUUCCUCAAUCCGCUGCGCGAAACUCGUGGCGUCUUCCAGUAUGUGCGGGAUGAUCAAGUCGUGACACAGCUAGACGGUGCCGUGUCGGCCAUCUAUCAGCAGCUCGGCCUGAUUGAACGGAAUGUGUUGGAAGCGCAGGGGCUGACGGCUCAUUGGAACGAGUUCUACCCGCACUACUUUUCCCAGGUGUCAGAACUUGCGCGGACAUGGGCCCAAGACCAUAUUCGGGCGAUCCGUGAGUACUACGACGAGCAUCCAGAUACUGUAUAUCGAGAUGAAGUUCUAAAGGAGCUCAAGGAGAUUGAAGAUAGCAUUCCGGAUUGGAAGUACAAGUUUGAAGAUUGAGGGCUUGUGGAGUUACCAAAGAGAAAAAUAUGGACCUGCACUACUUUUUGAAAACCGUUGAACUGUUGCAAACUCCAUCUUUCUGUUGUUCGGGGCGU